GACGGUUCACCCGUAAAGGUUGAUGUAGCUAUAACAGGACUUUACACACAUGGAGCGAUUAUGGCCGCACUGAUAUCAAGAAGCAAAACAAAUCUUGGUCAAAGGAUAGAUUGCUCACUUAUUGAAUGUCAAGUUGCUUCAUUAGCAAACAUUGCUAGCAAUUAUCUCAUUUCAAAUCAAGAAGCUAAACAAAUGGGUACAUCUCAUCCCUCUAUUGUUCCAUAUCAAGUAUUUCCAACGAAAGAUGAGGAAAGAUUCAUGAAUGAAACUACUGAUCAUUGGCUAUCUUUAUUAUCUGAUAAGGAAUCAAUUAAUAAUAUUCAGCAAAUUUUUGAACAUCCUCAAAUUCUUGCUCUUGAAAUGAUACAAGAAGUUGAUCAUCCUAAAGCUGGCAAAAUUAAACUAACAGGUAUUCCUGUUAAAUAUAGUAGAGAAGUAUUGAAAAUAAGACCACCACCUCCAACACUUGGACAACAUACACGUGAAAUUUUAACUGAUUUAUUACAUUAUACUAAUGAGAAAAUAGAUCUUUUAAAAGAAACUGGG